AUGACGUACCAGCUCGUUUCCACGGACCCAGCCACUCUAGUACUGGAUCCGAUGCGGCAAAAAGUGACGAGAGCGGACGGCUUGGAGGCCGCGCGAAGGGUACGGGACGGCUUCGCUUUCGUGGGGAUCGCGGAAGACUGGGAUUUGUCCAUCUGCCUCUUUCACAAGAUGUUCGGAGGAGCAUGUCACGCCGAGGAGUUCGAAGACACAAGGCCCGGCUUUGCAGGGAAGAGCGCAGACCAAGAUUACAACAUCUCCCACUUUCAGGGCUGGCAUGAUGAUAUUGACGAAGUGGUGUAUGCCGCCGCUUUGGACGUCUUUCGCCGAAACCUCAUCAUGUUCGACGUCUCGCAAGAGACCUGUCAGGAGUGUUACAGUGCAGCUACCGUCACACACGGAGAGACUUAG